CUUGCUGAACGUGGGGGUUGGCUUCUCUGGCACUGCUGGGGCCAUGGGCGCUGGGAAGUCGUUGCCAGGCAGACUACGGAUGUACAGCUGGCAGAAUCCAUUGGAUCAGUGAGCUCACAGGAGGCUGGCCCCUCCAGGUUCAGGCAAUUGUCCCUCCUCAGCCUCCGGGGUAGCUGGGACUACAGGCGUCCACCAGGGCCCCAACAUCAUCCCAGCAGACAUCAUUUUCAUUGUAAAGGAGAAGCUACACCCUCACUUCUGCAGGGAGAAUGACAACCUUUUCUUCAUGAACCCCACCCCUCUGGGUGCUCUCGCCUGCAGCACUGUGGAGGUGAAGACCCUCGAUGACCAUCUUCUCAACAUCCCCAUCAAUGACAUCGUCCACCCCAAAUACUUCAAGAAGGUGCCAGGUGAGGGAAUGCCAUUGCCAGAGGGCCCCAUUAAGAAGGGGGAUCUCUUCAUCAUCUUCGACAUCCAGCUCCCCACCCGCCUGAUGCCCCAGCAGAAGCAGACGCUGCGCCAGGCACUGCUGACAGGACUGGUGGGCUGGAGCAGGGGUGAGAGGAGGCUAGCCAGGCCUCACCCUGCCUCUACCCCCCGCAGCCUCUGGGUGUGCAGGGGAGCCUGCUGCACAGAUGACACCAGGGUGAGAUGGCGCAGGGCUUAAACUGACAUAAUAAAGAUGUAUUUCCCGUCCUCCAGUGGAAAAAAAAAAAA